AUGACGACUUUCAACCUACCUCCCAAGAUGAAGGCCCUGCAAUACUCCGAAGCCACCAAGUUCAGCGUUGCUGAACUGCCUCUUCCAAACAUCCGGGACCAUGACAUAUUGAUCAAAGUCAAGGCCUCCGGUAUUUGCGGUACCGACUUGCACAUCCAUGACGGUGGAUUCGGGGCGCAGUUCCCACUCGUCCCCGGCCACGAGACCGUCGGCGAAGUGGCAGCAUUCGGCGCCAACGUCAAAGGCUUCACGGUCGGAGAUCGCGUUGUGGCAGAAAACUCCGAGCUCUGCGGGCAAUGCUUCUACUGCCGUCGCGGCGACGAGAUAUUCUGCGAGAACUUCAUCGCCCACGGCGUCAUGGUCGAUGGCGGGUUCGCCGAGUAUGCUGUGUAUCCAUCGCAUAGGGUGUUUGGUUUUCGCAAUCUGUCUGACACGGAUGCAACAUUGCUUGAACCUGCUGCUUGCGCGGCGCAUGGCCUUGAUAAGAUUGCCCCCAAGCCUGGAUCCAGGGUUCUUUUGUUUGGUGCUGGUCCAACGGGACUGAUUCUGGCUCAGCUGCUUCGAUUGAAUGGGGGGUGCCAGGUGGUUAUUGCGGCUCCGGGAGGACUGAAGAUGAAUCUUGCGAGAUCUCUCAAUGCUGGUGAUGAUUAUAUUGAGUUGCCGCGUGGAAGGGAGGAUGCUCGAGUAGUACUUCAGGGACUACAGGAUAAGAAUCCUUAUCGAUUCGACAUUGUGGUUGAGGCAACUGGAAGCGCUCAAAUCCUUGAAGAUGCUAUUCAUUAUGUACGGAGAGGAGGAAAGCUUGUCGUGUAUGGCGUGUACAAGGAUGAAGACAAAAUUUCUCUAUCUCCAAACAAGAUCUUCAAGGAUGAGAUUCAGAUUCUGGGAUCGUUCAGUCAGAUGCACAAAUUCCCGACUGCGAUUGACUAUCUUGACACAGGCAGAGUCCGGGUUGAAGGGAUUGUGAACAGGACUUUCAAAGUUGAAGAAUGGCAGGAAUGCCUUGAUGCGAUGAAGAAUAAAAGCGUUAUCAAGGCAGCUCUGGUGUUUGACUGAGCAGUCGUUGGCUACUAUGUAUACUGAAAUAUUUGACCAUCUUAGAUGUAGAUUUUAGAGAGACUUGUCAACAUACCUCCGCCAUACAAGGCGAUGCGUGCUGUG